GUGACUGCAACAACGUUUGUCUAGUGAACGGCGCGGAAAACGCGAGGUAGUCGCGCUUUAGUCCAGGAAGUGUUUUGAUGCCGAAGAGGAUUACCUUUCCCGCGUUAUCGCUUCUCUUCGUAGGAAUUAAGCGCGAAUCAUAGGAAUGCGGAAGUAAAUGAAGAAGAACACGGAUCGAUGAUUAUGGAUCACGUUCCUUGUAUCAAAAUGCAUCGAUGGGACGAACAUGACUGGAUUAUUGUUUGUUUGUUUAUUGAUCUUUACUCGUGCGGUUGCAGGAUUUCGUCUACCCGCGGCCAAUGAAAAACGAGUGAGAAGAUUGAUACGUGAUUGGGCGCCUCUAGUAUGGCUCGCUCCAGGAGAACGAUUCUUACCCCUUGGUGUAACUGAAUUUCUCGAUAACGUACAGUCAGAUCAAAAUUAUCUUCGCACUAGAAUAGACAUAGAAUCCUUAUUAAGGAAUCAAUCGUCUUUUUUAUAUGGUCGGAAACCCGCUGGAACUGUGCCUGUCUACGCUCUUGUGAAAAAAUGCGUUUCCAAAGAUGCGUGGCUACGCAUGAAAAAAACUAAACGGACAUCUAAGAGCGAACAGAACACUUUAACGUUGCCACAGGAUUCUGGACUUUUGUCUCAACGACAAUCUAAUGAUGACAAUGAUUUAAGAACACAGAUUGCAUUGCGAGAACGAAUGCAACAGACGAAAACAGAAUCGCGGUUCGAAAAAGUCAAAGAGAAGAAUGAAUGUCGAAAAGUGCACUUUCACGUGACCUACUGGAUGUUCUACCCAUUUAGCGAGGGAAAAAUGAUCUGCGUAUUAGAUCUUGGGUUUUUUGGCAGUUGGCCGAUACCUACUAUGGGUGGCAUGUGCAUAGGCACGCUCAAAGAAUACGGCAGUCACAUCGGAGAUUGGGAACAUAUGAGUCUUUACUUCAAGGAUAACGAGUAUCCUCUGGCGAUGUAUGUAUCAGCCCAUGACGCCGGUGCAUUUUAUCGAUAUGAUCCACGAAAUGGCACUUUUGUUUAUGAAAGUCAGGAAACUAGAAAAGGUCUCUUCCAAAAGCCGAUUUUUCCUGAAAAAGUUUAUACCGCCAAUGGCUCGCAUCCGAUUUUAUUCAGUGCGCGCGGCUCUCAUGGGCUCUGGACAGCUCCGGGAAAACACAAAUUUGUACGUGUUCCACGUCUAUAUGAUGAAAGCGGAUUCGGGACUGCCUGGCCGACAUGGAAAAAAUUAGAAUUACUCUUGGAAGAAGACAACGAGCCUUUACCAGGCUGGAUGACUUUUAAAGGCAAAUGGGGCAAUCCCAGCAGUAACUGUCAUCCGUUAGCAAAAUUAGGUUUUAACAUUUGCGAAUUUGUAGACGGUCCAACCGGAAUUCCUAUGAAAAAAUUCAAUUUUCGAUGUUGAGAUUUACUGUCGUUUGAAUAAGAACCGACAAAUCAUGUUUUGCUGUUGAUUCAAUUUUAUGAAUCCGAUAGCAAUAUGAUAGUGUAUGUAAAACUAGUGAUAAAUUAUUGAAACUUUGACAAAGAUGCCAAAUGUUAUUGAUAAGCCACAAGAAAAUUUUAUCGUUUUAUUCAAAUAAUUUUUUCUUUAAUCUUAAUUUCUUUUAACGAAUACAUAAA